AUGUCUGGUCUAGAUACCCGCGAGGAAUCAGUGCCGCAUCGUGGCUUCACAGUCAAGGCCCGCGAAGUUCUGCUAGAACCACCAGCACCGUUCGCAUUAACCAAGGAUAUUUCCGGAAGUUGUUCAAAUAUAUCUGACAGCCCCAAAGCACCACAUCGUGGAUUUACUGCUAAAGCACGGGAAAUGCUUGUUGAAAGGCAGACACACGAUAAUCACCACGGUUUAAAAUGUAAGUUUAAAAACAACCAUAGCUUAUACGGUAAGCGAAGGUUAGGAAGAGUGAGGAAAAUCAGAAACGGAGAAAAGGGGAAGAGAGGCUAA